UCAUAGAACUAUAGUAAAAAUAUGAAGUAAGUUUGAGAGUUAGUUUAGAGAAAAGAGAUUGUGGCUCAUAAACUGAGUUCAUUAUCUUCUCUUAUCCACACAUGGAAAUGCAAUGAUGACGAAGCAACACUCUUCACUUUCUCUCUCCCAACCCAAAAUCCAUGGCUGCAAACCCUUUUCCCCUUUCAUGCUCCAAAACCCACAUUCUCCGUCUCCCCGCCCCUCCCAAGCCGCCGCUUCUCUGCCACCGCCACUCUCUGCUCUGUCGCCGUUACCGUUACAGUUACACUUACACUUACACUUACCCCUCUUGCGCUCCGUCACUCACAUGUAAAGCCGCCCAGGUUUCUGUCGCCGAAGAGUCAUCGGCCUCCGGUGACAACUGGGUUCCGGUUGUUCCUCUGGCGGCGCUGCCGAGGGGGGAGCGGCGUGUGAUCAUUCAGGACGGUGAGACCAUACUUCUGCUGUGGUACAAAGAUCAAGUUUUUGCCAUUGAGAAUAGAUCCCCUGCUGAAGGCGCCUACACCGAAGGCUUGCUCAAUGCCAAACUCACCCAG